AUGAGGAUAAAAAGGCAUAUUCGUCGAAGUACCAAUACAAAUCUACUUCUAGCCCAGCGGCUCGAAAUAUACGAGGAAUCUUUAAAGAAGUCUCAGGACCACAGAUCGCGAGCAAGCGCUCCCAAAAAUCGCAAAUCAAUUCUCAAUACAGGUCCAAUGGCACUCACACCGGCAAAUGCAAAUCGGAUGAUCAAAAAAAGGCAGGAGGCCGACCAGAAGAAGAUUCAGAGGCUAUAG